UGGAGGCCGCGGCCGCCUCCCAACGCCCAUCUGCCGGCUUCUCUGGCUCCAUCAAUUCGGAGGAGCGGCGGCGACCUCGGCCUCCAGUGUCCCCGGCGGAGUGUAGCGCAGCCGCCGCCGCCGCCGCCGCGAUGGUGCUUCUGGGUUUCCUGCAGGCGGGAGGGUCCGUGCUGGAGCAGGCGAUGGAGCAGGUGACUGGCGGCGACCUGCUCUCCACGCAGCUGCUGGUCGCCUGCGCCUUCACGCUCAGCCCUGUCUACCUGUUCCGCCUCGCUGUCGGCCACGUGGUCCCGCUGCCCCCGGGGGCGAAAAGUCCACCAUACAUUUUCUCCCCAAUUCCAUUCCUUGGGCAUGCCAUAGCAUUUGGGAAAAGCCCAACUGAAUUCCUAGAAAACGCAUAUGAGAAGUAUGGACCUGUAUUUAGUUUUACCAUGGUGGGCAAGACAUUUACUUACCUUCUGGGGAGUGAUGCUGCCGCACUGCUUUUUAAUAGUAAAAAUGAAGACCUGAAUGCAGAAGAUGUCUACAGUUGCCUCACAACACCUGUGUUUGGAAAGGGAGUUGCAUACGAUGUGCCUAAUGCGGUUUUCUUGGAACAGAAGAAAAUGUUAAAAAGUGGCCUUAACAUAGCCCACUUUAAACAGUAUGUUUCAAUAAUUGAAAAAGAAACAAAGGAAUAUUUCCAAAGUUGGGGAGAAAGUGGAGAAAAAAAUGUGUUUGAAGCUCUUUCUGAGCUUAUAAUUUUAACCGCUAGCCAUUGUUUGCAUGGAAAGGAAAUCAGAAGUCAACUCAAUGAGAAGGUGGCCCAGCUGUAUGCAGAUCUGGAUGGAGGUUUUAGCCAUGCGGCCUGGCUCCUGCCAGGAUGGCUACCGCUGCCUAGUUUCAGACGCAGGGACAGAGCUCACUGAGAGAUAAAGAAUAUUUUCUACAAGGCAAUCCAGAAACGCAGGCAGUCAACAGAAAAAAUUGAUGACAUUCUCCAAACUUUACUAGAUUCUACAUACAAGGAUGGGCGGCCUUUGACAGAUGACGAAGUCGCAGGCAUGCUUAUCGGGCUGCUCUUGGCUGGACAGCAUACAUCCUCAACUACCAGUGCCUGGAUGGGCUUCUUUUUAGCCAGAGACAAAACACUUCAAGAAAACUGUUACUUAGAACAGAAAACCGUCUGUGGAGAGAAUCUGCCUCCCUUAACUUAUGACCAGCUCAAGGACUUAAGUUUGCUUGACCGCUGCAUAAAAGAAACAUUAAGACUUAGACCUCCCAUCAUGACUAUGAUGAGAAUGGCCAAAACUCCUCAGACUGUGGCAGGGUAUACCAUUCCUCCAGGACAUCAGGUGUGUGUUUCUCCCACUGUUAAUCAUAGACUGAAAGACUCAUGGAUAGAGCGUCUGGACUUUAAUCCUGAUCGCUACUUACAAGAUAAGCCAGCAUCAGGAGAGAAGUUUGCCUAUGUACCAUUUGGAGAUGGGCGUCAUCGUUGUAUUGGGGAAAAUUUUGCUUAUGUUCAAAUUAAGACAAUUUGGUCUACUAUGCUCCGUUUAUAUGAAUUUGAUCUCAUUGAUGGAUAUUUCCCCACUGUGAAUUAUACAACCAUGAUUCACACCCCUGAAAACCCAGUAAUCCGUUAUAAACGAAGAUCAAAAUGAAAAAGACUGCAAGGAACUAACA